AUGACCUAUCGUAGCACUCUGGACCUGCUUUUCAAAUCCCAGGAAUUUGUCCCUAAUUACAAAUGUGAUAGCCAGAAGAAUCUCAUGGCCAUCGUUGGAGGGUUUGGUUCUGAUACAUCAUCUAAUAUAGCUGAAGUUGUAAGUUUCUUCAAGAUUCCACAGCUCCAUCCGUUUCUACGUGGCAUUUCUUUUAACAAUUCAGUGGGAGAAAAGGUUUCCCUGAAUGAAAAAGGGAAACUAAUGGGUGGAUUUGAUAUCAUAAACCUCAUCACAUUUCCCAAUCGGUCUUUUCAAAGAGUGAGAGUCGGAGUCAUGGAUCCAAGCUCUCCAUCAGGCAAAGAAUUAUUAAUUGAUGAAAAUCUGAUUGUCUGGCACCUAGCUUUUAAUCAGAGGAGGAGGCUUCCAAUUUCUCUGUGUAAUGACCAUUGCUCUCCCGGAUACUGGAAGAAGGAAACUGAAGGAAAACAAUUCUGUUGCUAUGACUGUGUUCCAUGUCCAGAAGGGAAGAUUUCAAAUCAAAAGGAUAUGGAAGAUUGCUUUGAAUGUUCAGAAGAUCAUUAUCCAAAUAAAGAAAAGAAAGAAUGUAUCCUGAAACUGCUGGUUUUUCUAACUUUUGAAGAAACCUUAGGAAUUGGUUUGGCCUCAGCUGCUCUUUGUUUCUUCCUCUUGACAUCUUGGAUACUUGGAACUUUCAUUAAGCACCAAGAUACUCCCAUUGUCAAAGCCAACAACCAGUCCCUCACCUACACCCUCCUUGUCUCUCUUCUGCUCUGUUUCCUCUCCUCUUUGCUCUUCCUCAGACAGCCUGGAAAAGUGACCUGCCUUCUCCGGCAACCAACUUUUGGCAUCACUUUCUCAGUGGCCAUUUCUAGUGUACUGGCCAAAACCAUCACUGUGGUUGUUGCUUUCAUGGCCACUAAACCAGGAUCUCAGAUGAGGAAAUGGAUGGGGAAAAGAUUGGCUUUUUCUAUUGUCCUUUCCUGCUCUUUUAUGCAAGUAUGUAUUUGUAUUGUUUGGUUGUCGAUAUCUCUCCCAUUCCCUGAGUUGGACAUGCACUCAGAGCCCCAAGAAAUGAUUUUACAAUGCAAUGAGGGGUCAGCUUUCUUCUUCUACUGUGUCUUGGGCUACAUGGGUAUCUUGGCCUUUGCCAGCUUUAUUGUGGCUUUCCUUGCCCGUAAAUUACCUGACACCUUUAACGAAGCCAGGUUCAUCACCUUCAGCAUGUUGGUCUUUUGCAGUGUGUGGAUCUCCUUUUUUCCAGCCUAUCUCAGCACAAAAGGACAAGCCAUGGUAGCUGUGGAGGUCUUCUCCAUCUUGGCCUCCAGCGCUGCAUUACUGGGAUGCAUAUUCCUGCCCAAAUGCUACAUCAUUGUUUUCCGGCCUGACCUCAACCACAGGGAGCAACUCACAAAGAGAAAUUAA